AAUUUAAAUCAGUCGCUAAGAAGUUACAGGUUUACUGUUUCUAGCUUUCUUUCUGAUAUUUAUAUCCGCAUAAAGUCAAUUUUUCAGACUUACAUUAGCGUCAGACAGAAAAAUUCAGUUUUGGUUUUCGGGGUUAGCAGUGACGCAGAAAUUGCAACCAGAAGGGGGUUUGAAUUAGUUUGUGUAACGCCUCUUAGCUAGCUUACUGAGUGGGUCGAUGUCGUUGGUGAGGAAGGGUCCGCAGCAGCAGCAGCUAGCUAAAGGGAAAAGAGCUGUUCGCCCUAAGAAGACAGCAGCUCCCAGGAAAGACUGGGUGGGGACUGUUAACGACCUCUCUGUGCACAAGCUGACCCCUGCUGAGCUGAGUCAUCGACAUGAGAUCCACAAGUCUCAUAACAAAGCUGCGGCUCAGUGGGAGCUCAGAGAGAAAGCUCUGUGGCGACGCUUCAGACAUGCUGGCAGCCCUGCUCCCCUGGACCAGGCCAGCCUCAGCAUCAUCAGAGAGGUUUUCUCUGAUCAGCUGCUGCUGCAGGACGUGCUGGACCGGUCUGACAGGGCCAUAGCUGUGGUCAAGGACCUGUUUGGAGAUGCUCCACGGAGGCAGACUGGGCACCCCACUGUGACUGUAGCUCCAAACUGUGAUUCUGACUCAGAACCGCCUGUUUUCCACAAACCAGAUCCUCCAACCCAGCUGUCCCUACUUAGCCAAUCCAUGAUGGACCAAACAGCUCUGAAUGAGGUAGACGUUUCAAGGGAGGACGACAGAGAUGAGAAUACUGAUCCCUCAUGCAACUCAGAGAGUCGUGUCAUCAGAAGGGCAUAUGUCAGGAAAAUGAAAUCUCAAGGUAGAGUGACAAACAAACACAAAGGUCAUCACCUCAGAUCUCAUCCAGGAGAUAAAGAAAAUGUCCCUGUGACCCCCGUGAGCUCAGGCAGGGCACCCAGCCUAACUGCUCUUAACGCCACUGCAGCGGUUCAACGACAUCUGUCCAAGCAGCCUCCGUCACACCAGGACAAGCAAGAGGCUGCUGUCCUAGUUUCCCAGGUCCUGAAUCCUGAACUUCCUCUAAAUCAGUCAGAAAGAAUCAGCAAACGCACAGAAAAGACCAGGAAGUGUGUUUCUGGGACAUUGGAGCUGGACGGCUCUUCAGUUGCGUCUCUUAGUGGAGAUCAGUCCACUCUAGGCCUCCUGCAGGAAAUGUUGGGUCAAGUCAAGGCAGACUUGGACUCUCUGAGUCCUGACACAGCACCAGAAUCAGCAGGGGGCCUGGAACCCCACAGAAGACGAGGUCUAACAGGAUUCUCUGUUGCUUUGGUCUCCACACUGGGACGUGUAGUCCACCUCCUCAGAGAGAGAGAAGCAGAAGCUGAGAAAGACGCCAAUGAAAGAAGAGGACUGUUGGAUGAGCUGAAGGAGCAGCGAGGGCUUAUCGACGCUCUAACAGCUGAAACCAUGACCCUGAGAGAAGAGGCUGCCGCCUCACAGGCGGUAUUACAGCAGCGUACCGCCGACUUGGAGCAGAAGCUGGAUUCAGUGGUUCUCCUGAUGGGAGGACUGGGACUACUUGGAGAUCAGAUGAUUCCAGUCAAGGAAUCGGAGGAAAGCCUGUCCCAGUCUAAUGCGUUUCAGUCGCCUCCUGGUGUUGAAAGGCCUCCAGAGAAAACCCAAACUAGCGUCUCUCCUGCGGUCCUCCUUUCCCCACCCCGACAAAGCGAUAACUGGCAACAUAGUCCUGGAAAUCCUGGGUUACCUGUGCAGCGAUACCCUCCCCCCUCAGAUAUCCAGCGUUCCUAUGAAGAUGUCCAGUCUCAUCUCUCUACCUCAACUCUCCCCUCUGCCUCCUCAUCGUCACUCCUCUCUUACCAACCCCACUUCCUGCCCUCUGCAGAAGCCAUGCUGGCUGAGAUCGCUGAGCUGAAAAGACAGAACGACCUGAUCAAGGCUCAGCUUAGCCAGGCGAAGAUCCUAGGGUCAGGGGUCACAGGUCUGCCCAGCAGCAGCAGCAGUGAGCAGAGUAAGUCUAGCCCAGUUAGCAUUGGCAGAGUGACGCCGCAGAGUGCAGCAGAGAGCAGAAGGCCCCGGUCCAGCAGCUCAAGCAGAGGCCAGCAUCCUCCCUCUCCAGAAGAGAGGUCAUCAACAUCUCAGGCAGGAUCCUCCUCCUCUCUAAGCGUGGAGCAGCGCCUCCUGGAGCUCAACAGACAGAGCGCCGCAGCCAGGAGUCGACUGUUGGAGCUGAUCGAGCAGCAGAAGCAGAGCUCUUUGGUCAGAGUCUCUCCAUCUGCGUCCCCCAUCCCUGCCUCGGCCUUCAGUCCAAACUCAGCAGGAACGAGCCCAGAGGAGACGGCGUUUCGCUCCCAUCGGCGAUCUGCUGGUUCUAUGUCUUCUAACAGUGCUGGUUUUGAAAGGCAGACUGGAGGAAAAGAGAUGGAGAAGCAAAGAGAACGAGAAGGAUGGUUUUCCCUGUCUGCUCACACCAGAUGACAGAAGUAAAAAGACUCUUCCAACCUGUUCAAACUGAAUGUUUUUGUUUUUAUUUUAUUAAACUCAUGAAUUAAAGUUUUAAAGAUG